AUGCCCAUAGCCCCAUAUGGUCUUAUGUUGUCGUUGAAUUUCUUUGCAGGUAAAAAAAAAAAAAUCGAACCAAAAGCCGUAGUCGAACAAGGGGGUUUUACCGCCUUGCUGAGUGUUUCUCUCUCCUCAACUCUGCAUUCGACUGUUUAGGGCUUUGCAAUUUCUCCUUCUUCCCUCUUUUAUUGAUUCUCUGCAAAUCAAUUCGAUUAACAUAUUUUACGACAAUGAUGUUAUCCGGCGAUAUACCUCCUAAUCAAUCCAUUUACGUUAAAAAUCUCAAUGAGAAGGUCAAGAAAGAAGAAUUGAAGCGGUCGCUUUACUGUUUAUUCUCUCAAUUUGGGAGGAUCCUGGAUGUUGUAGCUUUGAAGACACCUAAACUUCGAGGUCAAGCUUGGAUUUGUUUUAGUGAGAUUACAGCAGCGAGUAAUGCUGUUCGGCAAAUGCAGAAUUUCCCUUUCUAUGAUAAACCUAUUCGGAUACAAUACGCUAAAUCCAAGUCAGAUUGUAUUGCGAAAGAAGAGGGAACUUAUGUUCCUAAGGAAAAGAAGAAGAAACAAGAGGAGAAGGGUGAAAGGAAGCGUCAUCCAGAAGACCAAACAGGUGCUGCUGCUAAUGGAAAUGCUUCUCAAACCAAUGGUGGCCCAUCUGCUACAAAUCGCAAGACUGGUGCACAGGAAUCUGCAGCUCCAAACAAUAUUUUGUUUGUACAAAACUUGCCCUAUGAAACAACCAGUAUAAUGCUGCAAAUGCUUUUCCAACAGUAUCCAGGUUUCAGGGAAGUGCGGAUGAUUGAAGCAAAGCCAGGCAUUGCUUUUGUGGAGUUUGACGACGAGGACGAAGCUGCAAUAGCAAUGCAGGCGCUUCAGGGCUUCAAAGUUACACCACAGAAUCCCAUGGAAAUCACUUACGCUAAGAAAUGAUUUUAUUCUGUUCCCUUUUGUGGGAGUGUGAUUGUCAAUGGCAGCUGUAGAGUGUAGUUCUACCAUAUGCAAGAUGCAAAGAGAAAAGUGUCAAAUUUUGUUCAAAGGUGUCUUGCAUUAUGUUAACUGUACAUCAGAUGAUAUCCUGUUACCUGUUAUGAGAAGGUCUGAUUUUGAGUAGCUAUAGUUAUAAACUAGCUAGUAUUAGCGAGAAACAUAUUUCAGUUUGUCCAAAACUCGUUUUACACAUGAUUAGUCGAUAAUUUUGUGGUUAAUGGUGAAUGGAAUCUCUUAGUUUGUUUUCAA